GUCUUCGUCAAGGCCCCUCAUCACCUCCCCAACAGAACCCUGAAGCUCUCGACAACCCCCAACGACAUCUAGCUCCAGAAACGCAACCCGACACCAAUCGUCACCUCUUUCCGAUUCUACCGUGACUGCAACGUGGCGCCAGACAGCGGCUUGUUGUUUUUUCUCAUCACACAGCUGAAAGGGCUCAUCUGUGAUAGUCACUGCGCCGUGCCGCGCCGUGCCAAGACUCUUUCACGUCGUUGAGAAGGUUCGCCACUCUUCACUGGCUUCCUCCAGACAUACCUUACGACUGGACCCCACCGUACGGACAUGUUGCGUCUCUCCGCGACUUGACCUGCACUCCUUCAAGGCGAACCACGGUCCGCUUUCCCCUCCCAAUCACAUAGCGCCGCUGCCGCCACUAGCAAUCCAGGACGAAGACGAGACGACAUGCCGAGGUCGAGCUUCUCCGACAACCCUUUGUUACGGGUUUCGAGGCCUGUGUCGGCCUGCUCGAGAUGUCGGGCCGCCAAGGUGAAGUGUGAUGGAAAGCUUCCUGCUUGCACGGCGUGUGAGAAAGCCGGCCGCGAGAAUGAGUGCUCCGCUGCGAACGAUCAAUUCGCUCGUGGCAAGGAAAGGAGCUACGUCGCCGCUCUCGAGUUGAGGAUAGAGAAGUUGGAGAGGAGGCUAGAUUUCGCGCGCUCUCGGAAAGCCUCAGUCGCUAAUUAUGAACACGACGGGCCACCGUCUCGAGAGCACGCCCAAGAUCGCAAGGACUCGCUUGCGAAUAUCCGAGCCGCCAUACACCGGAAGGCUGAACGGAAGAGAGAGAACUCUGAUGUCAACACGCUCAUCUCAGACUUUGGUUUCCUCUCUGUCAAUGCCACCACGCGCGACUUUGAACCGACUGUUAGCAACAUGACGUUUGCUCGACUCGUCCUAGCUGCAGUGACAAACGACCCUCUUCCCAAACCUCAAUCCUCUGACAUGCCUGCACGACAGACGGCGCAGGCCAUCAUCCAGUAUUAUAUGGCAAGCAUCUACACGCUGUUCCCUCUCUUCUCAGAAACAGUUUUGAUGACGGCACUGGACGACAUGUACCAGCAGGACCGCCACGUCGCCAGCGCGGGCAAGUGGCUCGUAUAUAUGGUCUUGGCGAUAGGCUCAAUGGCCCAGUCCCGCAGCAACAAGGACAAUUUCUACAAGGACGGUGUUGACUUCAUCUCUCAUGCUUUGCAAUUCGCGGACCGGGCUCUGCAGCCCGGAUACGUCACACAGAUCCAGUCCCUGGCCCUGUUCACCCAGUUUGCAAUGUUGGAUCCAGCACAUUUCGAUAGCUGGCAUCUCAUCGGGUUUACCUGCCGCGCUGUCGUAGACCUGGGUUUUCACCAGGACCCGCCGAGUCACUCACAAGCUGAUAGGGCGACCCUUGAUAUGCGGCGCAAGACUUUCUACUGCGUCUAUGCUCUUGACAGGGCAAUCAGCAUGGUCCAUGCUCGUGCGUUCUCUUUCAGCGAUGACUCGAUCCACGUCGAGUUCCCAGCCAUGUCCGGCAUUGGCCGCAUAGCGUCUGUCUCAGGAACCAUUACUGGACCGCAAUCCCAUGACCCUGCGAUUCUCUUGUUCCAGCUGCGGCGCAUCCAAUCACACUGGUACCAAAUUCUCAUCCAAUCAGACCCCAACCAACCUAUCGAUGGCAUCGAGGGCGACGCCACCACGUUUAUUUGGCAGGUGUGCCAAGACAUGCGGGAAUGGGACGAAUCCCUACCCGAAACCUUACCGAUUGGCAUCCGCGAGCUGUUUGAUCUCGAGCUCAAGUACAGCUACGUCUACUGUCUCGCGCCCAGUGCUCGCGCCCCUGUUAUGACAGCGUACGGGCGCGCACUGAUCUUCGAGUACGCCAUCUCCUACCUGGAUCAUAUCUACGGCUUGGCACACGGCGGUCCUGAUCCCAACCCGGCAUUCUACACGUAUCACGACGCGUUGAGGGUUUUCUUCAUGGGCAGCCAGUUCAUGGCUGUCCUUCGUGAUUCUGGAGACGCUAUACUCGCAGGGGCCUCAGUCCCCCUGCCUAUGGCGAUACCAGGCAAGGCGCCACCACCUCCGUUACCUGCGAGGACGAGCAAUGAGGACAAUUUGUCACGGAGUCUUCGGUGCCUGGAGGGGGUCAAGCACACCCUCAAGAAGUACGGCGAGAGGUGGACGGACGCCGAGAGCCUGGCGACGAGCUUCGACAAGCUGAGCGAGGAUCUUAUCCAGGAACUGAAGAGGAAACAGCAGCAGGGCAUCCAGUAUACACCCACGCCUCCGCAGCAUAUGCAGCGGCAGCCACAGAUGCACAUGCAGCACCCACAGCACUCGCCUGAGGUGAAGUGGGAAAACGUCGACAUCUCUCACAUGAUGAGAGGGGGUGGAAUGUGAGAUGGCAUUGGACAACAAUUUUAGCUCUGCUUGGAAAUGACGACACAAGUAUUAGAUCUCCUAUGGUGGUGAGCAUUGGCUCUGGGCUAUUAUCAUUGUUAUUUAUAUUGGGCAUGUAUGUGUACUUCUUGUGUCUAGGAUACCUUAUGAUCUCACGAAUGCAUCAAUCGGAGUACCAUGUCUUUCCC